AUGUUGAGGUAAAUAAAAUACACGCGGUUUCGUAAAUCGCGUAUAUGUUGUGCGCGCGCGUUCACCGUAGGAUCUCCAGUUAUAUAGCAUUGGAAUAAAAACAACGAGGAGGGAGGACGUAUAGCCGGAGUUCGGUGAAAGGGGGCAAAAGAACGGCGGGGCACAGAGAAAGAUAAAAAGAGAGAAUGGAAAAGAGAUAAAAUACGAAAUGAAAAAGGUGAUGGAGAGGGAAAGAGAUAGUUGAUUUCUGACACACACGUUACAUCCGAAUGAUGCGAAGGGCUCUGUUCUCAUGAGUUAGCCGGUACUUCUCGAGAACAGCGCAACGAUAGUACGACGAUUGCGCUCGCGGGAAGAACGACUUUUCGCGUACUCUAAAUCGGAACGUGUUCAGCAUCCCAAUUCAAAAAUUAGUAGGCACACAACGUGAUUCGAUCGCAUUGUUGCGCGCAGUUUCUUUUAUCGACGAUCACGAUUGUAUAUAGAUCCAAUUUAUCAGAAUAAAAAGAUAUGGCACAUCCAAAAAAAUGGAAAAGUUGCAUGUCAGAAAAUAUGCUGACAAUGCUUACUGUAAUCGCCGUUGUAAUAGGUGCUAUUCUUGGUUUGAUUUUAAGAAAUGUGAAAGAUGAACCGUGGACAAAGCGCGAAAUUAUGUACAUUCAAUUUCCGGGGGAUAUUUUUCUUAGAAUGUUAAAAGCACUUAUAUUGCCUUUAAUCGUCGCUAGCAUUAUUAGCGCGAUCGGCGGCUUGGAUCUUAAUUUAUCCGGAAAGAUUGGUAUAAGAUCGAUUUAUUAUUAUGCUUCAACAACAAUAUCUGCUGUAAUUCUUGGCAUAAUUUUAGUCUUAAUUAUUAGACCUGGAGAGUUCAGUGCAAGUGGUAUGAUUGCAAAAGAGAAUAUAGCACCAACUAAAGAUAUUACAACCACAGAUACAAUAUUAGAUUUAAUUAGAAAUGUGUUUCCACCAAAUCUUGUACAAGCUUGUAUUGCUCAGUAUCGUACUGUAUUAAUAGAGCCUAAAAAUAAAACAGAAGUAAGUAACAUUCAAGAUUGGGAAAUAUCUCAUAAAUAUGCAGAUGGCACAAAUACUUUAGGCUUAGUUAUAUUUGGAAUUGUAUUUGGAAUAGCUCUUAGUAAAAUGGGUGAACCAGGAAAACCACUUUUAAAUUUUUUUGAUACUUUAUCUGAAGUAUCUAUGAUUAUUACUAAAUGGGUUAUACGAAUAUCUCCAGUUGGUGUGCUUUUUCUUGUUAUAUCAAAACUUUUAGAAAUUGAAGAUAUUGGUGCUAUUGCUGGACAACUAAGCUUAUAUUUUAUUACAGUAUUAUUAGGUUUGGUUAUUCAUGGGUGUGGAACACUUUCUCUUAUAUUUUUCAUUUGUACUAAACAAUUGCCAUUUAGAAUGAUAGCUAAAAUGAGUCAAGUUUUAGCAACUGCAUUUGGUACUUCAUCAAGCACUGCUACACUGCCAGUAACAAUACAGUGUUUAGAUAAUAUAGGUGUAGAUCCUAGAAUUACAAGAUUUGUUGUUCCAAUUGGUGCUACUAUUAACAUGGAUGGAACUGCAUUAUAUGAAGCUGUUGCAGCAAUAUUUAUAGCUCAAGUUAGAAAAAUUCCAUUGUCUUUUGGCAAUGUCAUUGGUGUUAGUAUAACGGCAACUGCAGCAAGUAUAGGAGCUGCUGGCAUUCCACAAGCUGGUCUUGUUACAAUGGUUAUGGUAUUAGAUACUGUAGGUUUACCUGCUGAAGAUGUAACACUUAUUAUUGCCGUAGAUUGGCUUCUGGAUCGUUUUCGUACGACGAUAAACGUUAUAUGUGAUGCACUUGGAGCUUAUGUUGUUGAACAUUUGAGUAAAAAAGAACUUGAAGCAAGUGCAAAUCUCCAAGAAGAAACAAUUGAAUUAGCCAGAGUGAGAAAAACAGAAGCAUAAAUUUUUUAACACUUAUUUUUUUUGUUACUUCAAAUUUGCCAUGAUAUAUGAACACAAUUUUAGUGUUUAUAUUUUUUUAUAUACUUUAUAACCAAUAAUUUGUACUAAUUGUAUAUUCAUGUUGAUUCAAAUUUUAAUUUAUA